AUGACAUCAUGGCGAAAUGGGAGAAGUGGAUAUAAGGUAUGGGAUGUGGGUGUCAGCUUCGAUUUCGUUUUCAGAGAGAGGCAUAUUAAAGAGGUGCAAUCGAUUCCUCCAUCUUCUUUCGCUCUUAUUCAUCGGCAUCAUGGUGACAUCGAUUCAGAUGGACCAGAUGAUGAUGAUCGUUGUUCUUCCUACUUUACAGGGCAUCAAUUUGAUUUUUUGGGAUUUUUAUGGUUUGUUUUUGGGAUAACACCGACAAAACGAGGCAAAACAGAAAAACCCCAGUCGACUCCACUCGUCUUGUAUACGCCUCCGAAGAUCGGUUCCCCUGCUCGCCACUUCGUGGGUGGUCCCAUUGAUUUCUACUCACCGGCGCAACCUCGCCUUCACUCCGACGUAACAAGGCAGCGACGACUCAGGUUUCGUAACAACAAAAGAGCUCAAGUUCAUAUAAAGGCAAUCUGUUUCAAGUCAAAAGAUUGAACGCAAGAGCAAUACAUUUUAUGUCAAAAGCUUGGACGCGAAAAAAAAGGGACCGUGAAAAUCGUUGCUGUGUUUUUGAUUGUAACAUGACACUGGUUUAGAUGGUCAUCUCCAGAUGUUAUAACGAUAUUUUUUUCUAUUUUACCAUUGUACUUUUCAUUUAUAAUUACAAUUGCACUGUCUACA